UAUGAUUCCAAUAGUGCAUGUCGUGAGCAAGUCUGUCUAUUAAUGUUAAAAAUAAGCUCUGUAUUUUAAAACUUUUAAUUCAUUUAAUUGCACAAUCUCGAUAAAGUUACAUAUAUUAAAAACCGUAUCAAGAUGGAAACCGAUAUUCCUGCGCAUGUUGAAGAAACAAGCAGCAGUGACACAUUCGUUCACAGGCUGAAAGAACUGUCACAAGAAGAAAUAAAGCUCUUACAAAAUCAAAAUACACGUCUUGUACCCGAAGCCAAAGCGACUAGAUUGGAAAAAGAUGCUAAACGCCAUUGGGAUUUAUUUUACAAAAGAAACGAAACAAAAUUCUUCCGGGACCGGCAUUGGACUACACGUGAGUUUCAAGAACUGAUUAACUUCGAUCCUGAACAGCAAAUAGUUUACUUAGAGCUUGGUUGCGGGGUCGGUAAUAUGAUAUUCCCGCUGGUCGAAGAAGGCUUUACAAACUUCUUCUUUUACGCGUGUGAUUUUUCACCACGUGCAGUAGAAUUUGUCAAACGUAACAGCUUGUACGACAAAAACCGCAUGAAGGCUUUCUGUGCUGACUUAACCACAGAAGAUUUAUUCGAAAACAUCCAGGAGAAUUCAAUAGACAUCGCGAGUUUGAUUUUUGUGCUAUCUGCAAUCCAGCCGGCUGCUUGGGCCCACGUGGCGGCGCUGGCUUACCGUGCUCUAAAACCCGGGGGCGUAUUGCUCUUUAGAGAUUAUGGGAGGUAUGACAUGGCCCAGUUACGCUUUAAACCUGGACAUAAAAUUGCUGACAAUUUCUACAUGAGACAAGACGGAACUAGGAGCUAUUAUUUUACGGAAGAAGAGCUACUCAAACUUUUCACUAAUGCUGGUUUCAUGAUCCUCACGAACACGUACGUGCAGCGCAGGACUGUAAAUUUUAAAGCAGGCAUAGAUGUACCGCGAAUAUUUGUACAAGGAAAAUAUAAAAAAACCUUUAAAUGACUGAAACAACAUGCAAUUCCAUUGAAUGAUUUAUUGAAAUGAUUACUUAUUUGAAUAAACACGGACUAUGAUAAGUUACAACUGAAUCCCUGUGGGCCUGGGACACAAUAAAAUCUCAGUAAAGAAAAGGGACACUUAAAACACUGAGCAAGCAAGCAACACAUUACAUAACCAUGAAGUUUGAAGGCAACUUUACUUCAGAAUAAAAAUAAACUAAGAGCUAACCAUAUUUUACAUAAUAGAUAUUCUUGAAGCUAACAAGUGCCUAAAUUCCUUUUUUAUUGGUGACCAGUUAUCUGUUUCCAGUACUGACUAUCUUAGUUGAUAUAAUGAGGGUAGAUCAUCAUUAUCAAUUUUUUUAUGUUUUCAAAACAAAAGGAUAUCAUUUUACAACUAAGACACAGUUUAACAAGGGACAAUAACAACAUUGCAGCAUUAAGGAAAAAAGCAAAUAAAAAGACAAAAAUUGUACUUCAAGAUAAAAAAAUCUGUCUGCUACUUCUUAACUGGUCUGAAAAUAUUUUAGAUCAAGAACAACAUUAUGUCGUGCUCUGUAGAUUAAUCUUGAGAAAGAAAGGCUGUUGAAAGUACUACGUAAUAGAAGCUAUUAGAUUUAUUUUUAUAUACAAAAAUAAAGCUCUUAUUUCAAUA